AUGUUCGCUCGAUUCCGCUCCAGCCUCCUUGCCGCAGCUGCAGUACUUGCGGCUGUGUCCAAUGCCUCGCCUUACGGUGUCCCAGCCGAGCGGGCUGUAUCGUCAGACCGUCUCGUGGCAUGCCACUUCAUGAUGGGAAUCGUGUCGGGCCGCACCAGUGCUCGGGACUAUGACCUCGACAUGCAACUUGCGCGAGACGCCGGCAUUGAUGCCUUCGCGCUCAACAUUGGCACCGAUUCCUUUACGGACCAGCAGCUCGACUAUGCCUACCAGUCGGCGGCCGACAACGGUAUGAAGGUCUUCAUCUCGUUCGACUUCAACUGGUACAAUUCUGGUCAGGCCGCGCAGGUCGGACAGAAGAUUGCCAAGUAUGGCGGCAGACCCGGUCAAUUGAUUAUGGAUGGACGCAUCUUUGCUUCCACGUUUGCGAGUGGGAAUCCAAUGGUUGAUAGUGCCAUUAUCAAGAGCGCCGCUGGAUCCAACGUGUACUGGAUACCCAACUUCUACCCUGGACAAAGCCUAAACUCCGUCGAUGGUGCCUUCAACUGGAUGGCAUGGCCCAACGAUGGAAACAACAAGGCGCCUAAGCCUGGCCGGUCUGUGAGCGUCGAAGACGGGGACAACACCUAUCUCAACUGGCUCGGUGGCAGGCCUUAUAUGGCUCCUGUUUCUCCCUGGUUCUUCACGCACUAUGGCCCAGAGGUUUCUUACAGCAAGAACUGGGUCUUCCCUAGCGGCUCUCUUCUUUUUGACCGCUGGAACACGGUGCUGGCCAGAGGUUUCCCCAUGGUUGAGAUCAUCACCUGGAACGACUAUGGCGAGUCGCACUACAUUGGGCCUCUCCGCUCCAAGCACUACGACGAUGGCAAUUCGAAAUGGGUCAACGACAUGCCCCACAACGGCUGGCUCGAACUCUCGAAGCCUUUCAUCGCCGCCUACAAGGCCAAGGCGACCUCGGUCAACAACUACAUCACGGACGAAAAGGUGAUCUACUGGUACCGCCGCAACCUCAAGUCCACCAACUGCGACGCCACCGAUACGACUGCCGGACGCCCAGCCAACAAUGAUUCGGGCAACUACUUCAUGGGCCGGCCCGACGGCUACAACACGAUGGAUGACGUCGUGUACGUCGCGACGCUGCUCAAAUCGGCUGGCACCAUCACCGUCACAUCCGGCAACACCGUCGUCACUCGCAACGUGCCCGCCGGUGCCAGCUUGAUCCAGGUGCCUGCGGGACUGGGCAAGCAGAAGUUCUCCCUGACGCGCAACAACGCCGUUGUCCUCGAGGGCACGUCGCUCAUGGAUAUCAGCAAUGAGUGCCCCUGCGGCCUGUACAACUACAACGCUUACGUCGGCACUCUGCCUCCGGGCCCCAAUGACCCUCUGGGCGCUGAUGGGCUGUCGAUGCUAACUGCAGGACUCCGCGUCACCACCUGCCAGCCCACUCCGUCCCUGGGCACGAACCCGCCCGUGGCCACAGGCCCUACCUCUCCUACCACGACUACCGUGCCCCCGGGCCCGUCCCCUACCGGAACAUGCAACGCCGGAACCAACGCCGACGGCGAGUCGGGCAACUUCAGCGGCCUCUGCAGCUUCACCUGCAGCUACGGGUACUGCCCCCCCGGUCCUUGCAAGUGCACCAGCUACGGCACCCCCGGCACCCCUCCCGCGUCCAACGGCCGGGACGGCUGCCCCGCCGCGGGCCUGCCCGACUCGUACAAGGGCCUGUGCAGCUACACCUGCAACCACGGCUACUGUCCCGAGGGAGCCUGCCGGUACUGCUAA